UUUACCUCGAUAACCUCGAUAUCGAUCACGGACAGAUAUCGAUAGACAGCCAUCAACUCAACAAGUGCCGGUUUUCGAUGCGCCGUCGUCCACGCCGUAUACAAUUUUCGACUCUCGCUUCGAACAAUUGACCCGACCGAGACUGGAACGUCGCAAACUUCGUCCCGUACGUUCAUGCAGCUGUCCAGAUCCAGGAGGAGAAACCCUAGGAUCCGAUGAAUACCAGCCACUCCCACGCCAAUGGCGUAGCGGGGCCCGCGAAAGUGAAGGUCGAGGAAGAGAAAGAGCCUGUGAUCGACGCUGGCCUGCGCAGCUUGGAUCAUUACAAGCGCGCCCUUCCAAAAUGGCGGUACGACUUGCGACAGCGAGCCCUUCCCCUCGUCAGAUGGGAAACCCCGUAUCUGGCCUGGUUACAGGCCGUCUUGCGCUCGCCCGCGCUCGAUAGCUACUUCGCCAUCACCGCCAACCUCGGGACGCAUACCUUCUUCAUGAUCGGGUUACCUAUCAUGUUCUGGUGCGGAAACGGUUCUUUUGGAAAAGGAAUCGUACAUAUUCUCGCGACAGGCGUCUUCUUCACCGGCUUCGUCAAGGACUUCUUCUCUCUACCGCGCCCUCUAUCACCACCUCUUCACCGUAUCACCAUGUCCGGCUCUGCGGCGCUCGAGUAUGGUUUCCCAUCGACCCACUCUGCUAAUGCUGUCUCAGUCGCCGUCUACGGUAUCUUGUGUCUAAGAUACCAAGACAACCCGUUCCAACCCAGCACUAAAUCCGCCCUUGAAGCGCUGGCUUACUUCUACGCAAUCAGCAUCAUCUUCGGCCGUCUAUACUGUGGUAUGCAUGGCUUCAUUGACGUCAUAGUCGGCUCCAUCAUGGGCGCCGUCUUGUCCCUCAUCGAAUUCUACUACGGUGCCGCUUUCGACGCUUAUCUCCAGGUCAACGGUUGGACCAGCUUGUGUGCCUUAUUGUUGAUCAUUAUCAUCCUGAUCAGAGUCCACCCCGAACCCGCGGACGACUGCCCGUGCUUCGACGACAGCGUCGCGUUCGCAGGCGUCAUGAUGGGCCUCGAGAUCGGGACGUGGCGCUUCGGACGCUCGUCCUUCGCCGACAUCCCGUUCGACCUGUACGCGCUAGGGUGGCUCGUCGUGAUCUCGCGCAUCCUGUUCGGCGUGCUGGUCAUCUUCGCGUGGCGCGAGGUGGCCAAGCCGUCGCUCCUGCGCGGCCUCCCGCACCUGUUCCGGCUGAUGGAGAACAGCAGCCUGGACCUGCCGCGCCGCUUCUUCGUCCCGGCCUCCGAGUACAAGAACAUCCCGCUCAAGCUGCGCAUCGACAACGUCAUGCCCAACGUGAGCGACCUUCCGGGGCUCAUCACCGCCGUCCGGCACCCCGGCCGCGGUAGGAGCGUGAGCGUGGGACCGCAGAGCGCGGCGGAUGCGUACGAGACGCUGGCGUAUAGGGAGAGGCGGAGGAGGGAGAGCGUUGAUGACGGGAAUGGUGGGUUGAGGAGUAGGGGCAGCGUGCAGGAUAUUCGGCAGCAGAGCUUAGGACAGCAGCAGCAACAGCAACAGCAACAAUUACAGCCGUCGCAUCAGCAGCAGCUACGCGACGAGAGCAUAGCCGUCAGCAGCAGUAAUAGCAGCAGCAGGCAGCGCCCGGCCGACUUCGAGAAGAUGAUGGGAGAGGGCACGGUGGUCGUCUCGCCGGUCGAGAUCACGCUCGGAGAUAAGGGCGAGGCCGCGGCCGCGGACGAGGAGCCUGAUGUGUAUGUCGGCCAGCAGGAUGAGUUGGGCGAGCAUGAGGUGUUUUCUAAGCUGGUUAAGCCUAGGGUUAGGUAUGAUGUUGAGGUUGUUACGAAACUUGUUGUUUAUGCCGGAAUCGGCUGGCUUGCCGUCGAAGUCAUACCCGUACUAUACGAAGUUAUCCCCGGCCUAGGCGCCGGACACCUGCGGGUGGCGUGAGACUUGACUAGGUACUUAACUUAAAUAGGGCUAGGGAUAAUGGGGUUCGAUCGAAGGCAGCGAGUUGGUAAUGGAAUGCAUCGGAUUGCGGCUGUACAUCACGCACGUGGCACGCGUCGUCCUGUCUUUCCCGUUCACGAGACACACGAGCGCGGACCUUGCGACUUAUAAUACAUCGACCGGCGUUAGGGGGUUGAUCGCGUCUUGGAUGGAUUGUCUUGUCUUGUUCUGUGUCUUUCGGCUUCACAAUCUAACCUAGGGACGGGUUUGGCGGCUUGGAUGAUCCCCGCUUUAAAGAAAGAGUGUUUCUUGUAUAUAUAUAUUAUUUUUUGAGAUGGUGGUGUUGGUAGAUAAUAUCACCCUUUUUUACCCAGUGCUAUGCUGUUCUAUGGGGUUGU